CGCUCAAAAGCUUUUCACAGUCGGCAGACAGCUGAAGUUCGUGACGACCACAGUAGAGGAGCUGCUGGAGAGGCUGGUUAAGAGGCACUGUUUGCUGUACGAACAGAUUGGCAUCUCUUCAACUAAAUGCGCUGCAUUAGUAACGGUACUUCGCGGUGACAGCCCCCUAUCCAUUGUGCAUUGCCACACCAGACCGACUACAAAGAAUUCUGUUGCUGUUAUAAAAUGUAUGGUAGUAAAGACUAUCUGAGCAGAAUGAAGAACGUGGUGAUCUGCAUAGUUUUGUGUGUUUCCUUCUUCAGUGUUGGAUUUGCUCUGCAGUGUUAUAGCUGCCAAGAAUCCGUGGCAUCCUGUAUGCAGACUUGUGGAAACAUGGAAGAUUCUUGUUUGAAAUUAAGUGAUAAAGGUGGAAAUGUGCUUCGUCAGCAGUGUAUCCGGUAUGUGGAUUGUGACUUUUCCAGACUUAACCAGCUGUUCCCCGGAUAUUCUAACUUCAGGUUCCAUUGCUGCAAUACCAAUCUCUGCAAUAGUGGCACGGUUACAGCCAUGAGCAAGUCUCUUCUCAGCCUGAUCACCGUACUCACUGUCUUUUGGAUGUACUUGAUGUAAAUGUGGGGAUUCCCGUAAUGGCUUUUUUAAUUUCAUAACAUUUGUUACUUUUUUUUUGUUCGGGAAAAGGAUUAAGGAUAAUACAGCAUGUCUGGCUAUUUGAUACUGGUUAAACAAAAUGCGGAAUAACAAACCUGCUUUUGACACGGCAAUAUUUUUUUUUUAAUAAAUAAUUUCCACACGAAUUAAAUGUGAUGGGAUACUGUACCUUUCUGUUGUAUUUAAUAUUAAUUUAUGUCACGCAUUAUAAAGUGUUACCCAUAUUCUUUACUCCUUCUUACUGGCUUUUAUUACUUUUUGAAAACGAACAAAUAUCCGUGCGAAUAUUUAAAUUGAGCGAAUAUCCGAACAAUCCCGUGUUCGUCCCAGCACUACUAUCAUUUUAAAUGACCAUUUAAAAGUGUUUAACGUUGCACAGGAUUUUAUUUAUUUUUACAUGUCAACAAUAUAAUUUGGGGAGUGAAAUCUAAAUUUGUAUUGCAGUAAGCAACACUAAGGUCCAUUUUACCAGGAUAAAAACAAAUAAACUGCUAUAGUACAUAUAACAAAUUGGUUCUUCAGGAGUGUAUGGAAGGCCAACUGAUAAUCAAAUAUCAACCCACUAUUGUCAUGUGCUUAAAGCAAAUAAAUAAACAGCUUUUUAAAAUAAAA